AUGCCUGCCUUUGUUCUGCUCCCUGCAUCCCCAUCCGAUCUUGAGGCCGUUGCUCGCGUCCAGUUUGCUGCGUGUGCAACCGAUCCUGGAUUUAGCGUCAUCUUCCCUAAAGGCAGCACAUUGACUUCCAUCACGCACUUCGUGCAGUCGUAUGAGGAUGACAUGGACAAUGACCCUUCCUACCAUAUCAUGAUCGUGAAGGAGGCCAUGUCCGGGGAAAUCGCCAGUUUUGCGAUUUGGCACUUCUUCCCCCCUCGCGACCAGAACGAGAUUGAACAGGAAAUGCUGCUGGAAGACUUCCCACUGCCAGAGGAUUCAAACAAGGAGGUUGGCUGUAGGUUAAUGCACAAUAGCAUCAGGAAGCGCCAUGAACUUGCAUCUGCAUUUAUUGGGGUUGGGCGACCUUAUGUUUACUUGGCAGCUCUAGGCACGUCUCCCAAGUAUCAACGGCAAGGUGCGGGCGCGAAGCUGCUUGACUGGGGAUUGGAACGCGCCGACGAUCGAGGCUUGGCAGUCUAUGUAGAGGGCACGCCCGCUGCUGCACGCCUCUACGAACGUACUGGCUUCAAAGAAGUUGACCGAUUAAGGCUGGAAAUGGAUCCGGGGGGUGCGGAUGAACAUUCCAACAUAUGUAUGAUCCGAGAACCUCAAUCAUGA